AAAACACGUCAUCCAACUUUCCCGCAAAAAUUUGAGAGCAACAUAGUGCGAGAGACCAACUUUUUGAAAAGUUGAAAACGUGCAAUGGACCAAGCAACUACGCAGCCGAACGGGGUGGUGGCUGGCAGUCAGAAGAGGGAGGGCUAUCUGGAGUGGCCAGAGUACUUCAUGGCUAUUGCAUUCCUCUCUGCUCAGAGGAGCAAGGAUCCCAGAACACAGGUCGGAGCAUGCAUUGUGAACAAGGAGAAGAAGAUAGUUGGGAUUGGCUACAACGGGAUGCCCAACGGCUGCAGUGACGACCGGAUGCCGUGGGGGCGGGAUGCAGAGAAUGUGCUCCAGACCAAACAUUUAUAUGUAUGCCAUGCUGAACUGAAUGCUGUGUUAAACAAGAAUUCUGCGGAUGUGAAAGACUGUACAAUAUACGUGGCUCUGUUUCCGUGCAACGAAUGUGCCAAGGUGGUCAUCCAGUCGGGCAUCAAGGAAGUGGUCUACUAUUCCGACAAGUAUCACAACAAACCAGAGUUCAUAGCAUCCAAGACGCUUCUGGACUUAGCUGGAAUUACUUACAGACAGUAUCGGCCCACCAGAAAGCAGAUUGUGAUUGACUUCAGCUCCAUUGAAGCUUUGAACAACAAUGUCGAAGAAGAUCUGAAGAAGAUCAAUCUGGAUGAGUCUGGAACUCAGUAAAUGUUUGGAGUGGAUGACGCCAGUUUGACGGCAAAGAUGAUGAUGACCUUGUGUAAUCCUGACUGACUGAGUGUGAUGUGUGUGGUGUGAUGUAAAGGGUGUGCUGGUAUUUUCAUUAUUCCAGCACUAUCACAUCUUGGUGUGUACACAUAGGGAAUUGAACCCUGAGGUACAACAUCUUUAACUUCAACUCUGCAGUCUCCUAUAGAGGAAUAUUGUUUUAAUGAACCUGGACAUGACAUGUUAUUGGUUUAUAAGAACUGUCUAAAAACUUCAUCUCUCUACUAUAUCAUGCAGUAUGUUAUCACGCAAUUUUCAUGCCUGUGAAGAUCCAGGUUAGAAUUGGCAACCCAUGCUGACGUGUGUCAUUGUAUACCAAUUGCGGAGGUCGAUGCUCAUGAUUUUGAUCAGUGGAUUGCCAGGCCCAGACUCCUUAUUUACAGACCGUUGCCAUAUAGCUGGAAUAUUGCUGAGUACGGUGUUAAGCAACAAACAAAACAAAAUACAUCAUUCUCAUGCUAGUUAUGAAUUCUUUAGUAUUUCAUUUCUCAGCAGAUAUAUGGUCCUUAUUUUACAACUCAGAGACACAAACACCAUAAGCUUCUCCUACAAACUGGACAGACUGUGUCAGCUACCAUUAACUAACGCCUUGUGCCAGUCUGUGUGGUAUGGUCACAGCUUAUCAUUGCUUAUUGUCCCAGGUUUCAUGGGGUUGGGGAUCUGUGUGAGUAACGGAUGACAGAUAUCAUGGGCAAAUGUUGACAGUCCCUUUAGUUG